GAGUCUGAGGAGUGAAACAGAUUCUUACUCCUGUUUUAUACUAAAAGAAAGAAAUGAAAACAAUCAUCACAUUAUUUGUUCUCCUUGGAGCCGUUUCAGGUUUGUCUGAAGAAGAUUACGAGUUCACAGAUUUUCUCAGUGCAUCAAUUGAAGAGCCAGUGCAGGUGCUGGGAGUAACACCCCCAAGAGUGGAGUUAAAUGAGUUUAGUGGUUCCUUCAAUUUGCUCUGCUCCUACAUUGGUAAUGCUUCCAAAAUUGAGUGGUUGAAAGGCAGCGCUAACAGCGCUGUGAUUGUUGGCAUAGGACCCAAUUUGGUUUUCAACAAUGUGACCCGAAACAACCAUGGAUCCUACAGGUGUAAUGUGUCCAACUCUGUGAGUUUUGACAUCAGUGAACCAGCAGAAGUCUUCAUUAACUACGGGCCAGAGGGCAUGGCACUGACCGUCUCUCCAUCAGGACCGCACCACGAAGGAUCGAACGUCCUUCUGACCUGUUCAGUUCAGUCCAGACCUUCUCCUGAGUUUCAGUGGUUUCUGAAUGGAGAUCUUCUGUCUAACACUAAACCAGACCUCAGACUGAGCAACAUUCAGACAAAUGAAGAUGGAAACUACAGCUGUCAAGCCUUCAACAGGAAAACGGAGAAAAAUCAAAUGUCUGAACCUGUAGUUGUCUCCAUAAAUGCACGCGUCUCCAGUGUUAAGGUGGCAUCAGAUCCCACAGACCUGGUCGAGUUUAAAAGCUCUGUCCGUCUGUCCUGCUCUGCAUCUGGGUUUUCUCCUCAUUACUUCUGGAUGAGCAACGGGUCUGAGGUGACGGCCAGCGACAGAGUUCAGAUCACUGGUGGAGGAUCCACCCUGACGAUCGCCAGCGUGUCCCGGCCUGAUCUAAACCUACUCAGGUGUCACGCGUUCAACUUCUUCAGUGAGGAAUUCAGUGAUCCAGUUAACAUCUCAAUCUUUUAUGGACCAGAUCUGGUCAAACUGACCGUCGUUCCAUCUCAGGACAACUAUAAGGAAGGCUCGGACAUCACGUUGAGCUGCUCUGCUGUUUCCAAUCCUCCUGCAGAGUUUCAGUGGUUUAUUAAUGAAUACCUGCUGUCUUAUUCUGGACCACAACUCAGAUUGAUCGAUGUUGAAGUAAAUCAGACAGGAAACUACAGCUGCCGGGCCUUCAAUAGCAAAACUCUGCUUUAUCAAACAUCUCAGUUKUCUUUCAUCUCUGUAGAGGGUGAGUAUUAA